AUGCCAGCUUUAAAAGAUCUCGUCUGCCAUGUGCAGUGGGCAGACACAGGCUCGCCCUUUCCAGAGUAUGGCACAAUCUACGGAGAUGGCUUGGUUGAGACCUAUAUCGCUGUCCCCGCUCACCCUCAGGUCUUCACCAUCCGUCUGACCUCGAAGAAAUUCAUCUCCGAAGGACUGUCAAUGGUGGUCUUCAUCGACGGUCAAUACCAGUGCAAUCGCAACCGAGUCAACCUGCAACCGGAGAAAAAGGACGUGCCCGAGAACAGAUCCAAGGUUGACUUCCUGCUGAGACAGAAAGAAAAACCCUUGGGUGAUGGAACAUACAUGGGCCGAGAAUGGCGAUUCGACGAUUGUAACCUUGUGCCCCAAAUGCCCGAGGAAGCUGAAAAAAGCCAUUUCUGCUAUCUUGGCACGAUUGAAGUCCUGGUCAUGCGCUGCCGGAGCGGACGCCAUCACGAAAGAGCUUUAUCAACUUCUUCAUCUGGAGAACACAGCGCGCUUCUGGAUGAGGAAGAGGGCAAUGACAACACAGAAUCAAUUGGAGAGGCAGACGAAGCCCGCAAGAAAUCAGGCCUUGAAAAACAAUCCACCAACGCAGAAACACCUGCAGCAACAGUUGAGGAGGCGAUACCAGGGUUUUUCGGUCUCUUCGACGGGCCUGCUGAUGAGCCACCAGCAUGUCAUUUCUCUGGAGAUGCACCUGCUGAUAGUCAUUACGAUUACUGGCAACGGCAUAACAGACUUCCUGCUCGUUACGGCCCACAAGAAGGCUCGCGCGGCCAGCCAGUCUAUCGAGCACACCAUACACCCUAUGAAGAGGCGCGGCCAUCGCGAUAUCCUUACCACGAUUCUUCGCCGCCGGACGUGUACGCACGUCAUGACAGUCCGGCUCCGAGGUCAGAAAGACACGUCCACUUCGACCAGGGUGACGAGCGAGGCCCACGGUAUGGAGAAUACAGUGACAGAUACGGGCCUCAUCACCACCCGGUGUUCGAGCGCAAUGAUAGACGCGAACACACCCGAACACGCCCCCCCAGCUAUCAUGAUCCAAGUCGCGAUGGAGAGCAUAAUCUGUACCCAGACUACUCUACGGUCCAUGAGCGAGGUCCCUUCCCAUACGCAUCAGGACACCCCGAGCCACAGCAAGCUUACAGCAGUUAUCGGCAUCGAGCUCCCCCACCCAGUCAUCCUCGAUCGCAUGCAUACGAUCUUCUACCCGGUCAUCCUGCACCACAUGCAUACGCUCACCCUCCUUUCACCUUCCCUCACUUGAAUGUACAUCCUCACCAAACACUCCAUCAUGGGCAGCAUAUCUAUGGUCCUCCUCCAUUUGCGACAUCUCAAGUUCCAAAUGCAGCAGCAGCAACUUCCUCAGGCCCGCCUGUGCCUCUUCCGAAGAUACCAACGCAGCACGCCCAUCUGCCACAAGCCCCACAUCACCAAGUCCCUUGCGUUGCACCACUUAGUCUUGCGCCGAAUGUGUUUGUACCGCCAAUUCCCGGCCCGUUCGCCGUAUACCCACCGCCAGGAAACCAAUCUCUUUUUCACACCCAAGGACCAAAUGUCGACGGUGGGCACGUCGAGACCAGCGCUCCUAAUCCAGUGAUUGGACAACCCAACAAUGCCGGUGACCAUGGGCGAGGAGAUAACCCUUCUCGCGAAUCAGAAAACAAAACCUCUGGCAGCGUUCGGUACGAUGAGGUCUCGGAUCAACAUCCGCCGGCGAAAAAUGAUAACAACGACAGCUGGGGUGAUUCUGGUGGAGAUGAUAACUCGGGCAAUAACCCGAGUAACUGGACCAAUACUGCCGGUAACAACGAUUCUAACGGUACAGACAACCGCUCGUGCACGAAGUGUCCAGCUAAUAAUCAAACCAAUACAGGUGCCUCGAACGGCAAUAACAACCAAGACACAGAUUGGGAGAACAACAACAACGAUGCGAGCAACAACAACAACGACUCCAGUUUCGGCCAGAAUCAGGGUGACGAUUGGGGCAACAACGAUGACUCCGGCGGCAACAGUGACGUUAAUAACAACGUUGGUGAUAGCAACAACAAUCAGGGGUGGGAUAACAGAAACUCUGGGAACCAGCAAUGCAGCAAUGACAACAAUUGGGCAAACGAUAUCCAAAAUACCCAAAACUCAGGUGGCGAUAGUGGUUGGGACAACAACCAGAACAGCAACCCUACAAUCCAGACUCAGGCAAACUCGUGGGACAAUGAGUGGAACAACAACCCCCAUCCAGGCAACCAGGCAGUAAAUCCCAGUGAUGGCCAGAACAAUAUGUCUGGUUUCCGCGCCCAGCCAGCACCGGGAAACUGUCAUACGACCAGCCGAGUCUUGUACGGCCCUUACGGACCAUAUUACGGUGCGAAAUCUCGUGCCCAGCAGGGUCCUCCCCCCGACGCCGAAGAAGAGCCACGAUAUGAUCUGCCCCAAGCCAUUGCACAGUCCAGGGGCGUCACCAAACAAGUCCAGCCUGGGCCAGGCUACCUGUACGUCAAGAAGAGAUGCGCGCCUUUGUACAUCGAUUCCUUGGACGAACCGUACGCCAAAUUCGUCUUCAAGUAUCGCACCAGGGAGCAGCUGAAGAACGAGAUCGGGGUUGACAUUGCGGGCGAACCGACCGGAGAUGAAGAGGUCAAUGCGCUGGAGAGUCUGGACAAAACGGAACUCAUCCAGCUGCUUCUGCGAGCCAAAGGUGCGCUCGGAGGAACCAUCCCGGAACCACCACCCAAGCCGACCGCUUCUGCAAUGAACGGCUUUGAACGAAUCUCCGUCCCUGCACCGGAUGUGAGCUUCCUGCAUUACAGCUUGCCUCCCGCGCGGCACGCGUCCAACAACGUCGGCCUCGGGAUACGGCACCUGUCAAGCAACAACCGGAGCAACGUCGGCGAUCCCAGUCAGAUCAACAACAACAACUCAAAUGGCGGGGUUGGUCGCGGGCAAGAGAACAACCAGCAAGACGCAACUGACUGGAGUAACAAUAACACGAACAACGCCGCGGCGAACAACUCCGGCUGGGACGGCGCCCAAGAAGGCAAACCAUGUACGACGAUACCACAACCGCCGAUGACCUUCGGGUUGCAAUCGCAAGAACCCGUCCAGCAGGGGGAUAAUCUCCCUCCACCACAAGACGCGUCACGCCGCAGCAGCUCAGGCAUCAGUCCGAAGAACAUGCACGGCGUGCCGCCCGGUCCGACAUUGGACGACUACAACCGGCUGUUUUCUGGUGCUGGGGCGGCGAGCGGGGCACCCAUCAUGUCCGGUCCUUGUCCUCCGCCUCCACCGCCGAUCAUCAAUUUUGGCGCCGAGGGAACUGUGGGAGGGGGGCAAACGAAUUGGGCCAAUGCGCCCAAUAUGGGUGCGGGACCGCGACCGCCGACACCGACGGUGCCGCCGCGACCACCUACUCCUAUCAAUGAAGGUGAAGGGGCGGCUUGGGGCGGGGGAGGAGAUAUGACGGCUGUGCAGCCACAGAGUGGGUGGUGA